AUGCACCAGCGAUUUGUUGUUGUCGUUGUGUGUGCCGUCUCAGUCUUGACACUGAGCGGGCUGGUGAGCGGGCAAGCGCCAUUGUCGCCGCCACCACCGCCGCCUUCGCCACCUCCUCACUUUCCGCAACAUCCUUCCGAUCCGGUUCCCACGGCCCGAUUUACAAGUACCUCUGCCGAGUUUGACAUCACUUUUUCAAACGCCACCGAUCGCGCUGGUGCACCCGAGUCCGUCAUCGACUUUGACUGCGGGAUUCUCUUCUUCGACAUCUCCACGCUGGGCACGAGUCCUGUCUGUCGCUUUGUCACUGACGCCCAUGUCAACGUCGCGCUCGGAUCAGGCGCCACCGCGAUGCCCGGCGAUGUGCUCUUCCUCGCUAUUGAGUUCAAGGCAGCCGCACCGGCGGCCCGGCGGCGCAGGAGAGUAGAGAUCCGCGGCCCGACGAGCAUCACCCUCCUUGCCCCACUUUCGCCCCAGCCGCUGGUUGCAGCCCUCCUCGCACCGCCCUCGGUCGACUCGUGUGGCACGGUUACGCUCGACGCCUCGGCAUCGAGCGGCAUCCGUCUCCUGUACCAGUACGCCCUUCUCUCGCCGCACAACACGAGCGAUGCGUUGGCUGUUUCGUCGGCACUCGCUGCCACCCCCAGCUCACAGUUCCAGGUCUCGCUCGCAGUUGACAGCUGGCCAGAAGGCGUACCGUACGUCUUUCGCCUCACUGUCACCGACUGGCUGGGAGCGACUGACAACACCACCACCACAAUUGUCAAGGAUCCCGGCGCUCCGCAGCUCACGCUCUCCACCGCCACGGCCCUGGUCUCUUCGCGGACAGCGUUCGCGCUCUCAGUCGACGUCGCAUUUGCAUCGUGCUCGUCGUCGUCGACGCCGCCGAUUGCCGUUGCCUGGUCGACGAGUGCCGGGCCGGACGACCCCAUCACUGCCCACGGGAUUCCUGCCGCAAGCAAUACGCUCAACUUUCCGCCGGGUGUUCUCACUGUCGGCGGGAGCUACAUCUUUGAGGUCAACGUCAACACCACCGAUGGAUCGGCCAAGUCGGCGUCAGCGUCAGCAACGGUGACCGUCAAGACUUCGGCGCUGGUGGCGUUUGUGGCAGGCGGCAGCAGCCAGACUUUCCACUCGAGCCUUGACGUAGUGCUUGACGGCUCGGGCUCGUACGAUCCCGACGCGGCCGGCGCUCUCACGUACCUGUGGACUUGCACGGAUGUAUCAGCCGGUGGUGCGUGUGUCUCCUCGCCCUCAUCGAUCACCUGGAACGCACCGACUCUCACCCUCCCAGCCUCACUCAUUACGGUGCCUGUCUCGGACAAGUUGUCGAUAUCACUGACGGUGAGCGCCGGCGCGCGUUUGAGCGUGACGACGAUCACGGUCACGCGCGCCGUCCUUCCGUUCGAAAAGUACAGUUUGACGUGGCGCGAUGCCGAUCUUGUGCAGAACGUUAAUGACUUUAUGAUCCUUACCGCCAACGUUGUCCCAGCCCAGGCCGGCGAUGUAAUCGAGUAUUUGUGGGACGAAGCGAGUGGAAAGCUCAAUCUGGAGGCAAACAACACGCUGGCAACGCUCACCCGCCGCGAGAAUAACUUUGGCAUCCGGGCCAACGUCAUGGUGCCGCAAGUCGAGUACGAGUUCCGCCUCUUCGCGCGUGUUAUCCGCAACUCGGGCUCGUUACGAUCUUCCCUCACGACCCGCGCCAUUGCCGACGCGCUCGACAGCGGCCUCUCGUCGCGCCACGCACUCACGCGUGCGUACUGGGCCGCGCACUACCCUGGAGAUCCCGCCGCACUGCUUGGCACUGGCUCCGCCCGCGGCACCAGGGCCGUCUCGCCGUACUUUCACCUUGCGUCGCACGUGGCGCGGGUCAACGCCGUCCCUGUCGGUGGCACUUUCACGGCUGUUGGGCCACCGGCAUCGGCCACGGCUGACACGCUCUUCACCUUUGUUUUUUCAGGCUGGAGCGAUGGCGACGGCGACGUCAUCCUCUACUCGGUGGUCCAGGAGCUGGCGUCGGGCGAGCUGCUGGAGCUAGUGCCAAAGUCGGUUGGCACCUCGCACUCGGUGUAUCUUCAGCCAGGCCGACAGGCGAACAACUACCAGGUCAGCGUGCUUGGCUAUGUGACCGAUGACCGCGCUGGCCGUGCCGCGCCAGUCAAAAUCUCACUCCGGGUCCAGCCGUUUGCCGCAUCGUCGGCAGGCGCAGGGGCGACCGCCGAAAGCCUUGUUGACGGCAUCCUCUCGCGAAGCGUGGAACUGGGCAACGUCAACCAAGCGCUGCAGCUCAUCUCAUCGAUCUCGGACGUGGUCAACUCGGCGCCGUCGCCGACGCCGUCUGCGACGCCGGACCCGACGGCAGUCCGCGCGCGCGAGAAGCUAUUUGCCGCCCUCCAGCGUGUCGCCAAGGUCAACGGAACUGCCGACGACCUGGCACGGACGUCGUCGACGCUCGGGGUAGUCCUCGGCGUGCCGCGCGAGGUGUCAGCAGCGCUGCUCGACAACUCGCUCGCGCUCACUACUCAGCUGUUCAGCUCGAUAGGCGAGUCGUAUGUGACCGAGGAGCAGGGCUCCGGCAUCUCGCGUGCGCUGGCCGGCCUCUUUCGCGCCGCCAACGCCAACGCGUCGCUGGCGUCUGUUGGCGAGGUGACUAGCGGCGGCGACGCUGUCAGCCGCACACUGGAACUUGUACCCAAGCUGGCGCGCGCGGUCAUGGCCGAUGCUGUCGAUGGCAUGAUUCCGCUGGUAGCGAGCAACGCCAUGUUCCGGUUUGAGGGCCGCCAGCAUGUAGCGUCGUCGCUCGGGCUCCAGGCCAACGAGACCGGCAGCACUGUUCCGUCGGGCGUGGACCUGGCGUCGGCGUGCGGGGCUAUCCGGCUACCGACGUCGGCACUCACGGGCGCCGGCGCCCGCGAGAACGACUCGAUUCGUUCCGAGUGCAUUGCCUUUUCAGAGAACAUCUACGCUUGGGCAGGCGGGCGAAGCGCCGAUGGCAACUCGUCGCGCAAGACGUCUGGCGCGCUGGUCUCGCUCUCAUAUCGUGCGUCGCCGGUGGGCGCACUGAGCAUUGGCGCAUCGACGCCACUGGUAACCGGCGAGCUUGCGGUUACCAACAGUGCCGACGCCAUCUUUAUCACGGUGCCGCUGACGGCGGGCCUAACGUGCGCGUGUAACCACCUAACGACGUUUGGCCUCAACACGCUCGACGCGUCCGACUUUGAGCGGCUGAGGAAUAUCAAGGACCAACCAGAGGCGCUCAUUGUGGUUGUGCUUGGAUGGGCGGCGCUCCUCAUCGCGCUGCCGUUCCUUCAUUUGGCUGACCGCAAGGACGCGCUGGCCUUGCUUCACGACCGCGAUGCCGAGCACUCUGUGUUUCUACAGGCCAAGCUUGCAGCACUCAGUGGGCGCGGAGCACUGCUCAAAAAGUCGCUCAAAGACGCUGUGACGCGCAAGCAUCUCUGGAUGUCGCUCUUCAUCAAGGCCAAGGAUGAUCCGUUCACUCGGGUUUUCCGCGCUGGCGUUCUCUUUACCACCCUUGUCGCCGGCCUUGCCAUGGCUGCUGCGUUCUUUAAGGACCAGUCCGACGACGAAGUGGUGAGCAGCAAAGCGCGAAUCGUCGAGCUUGUUGUCUCGAUCGCGGCCAAAGGCACCAUCUACGGCCUCUUACCCAAGGAGCGGCACUGGCUCCAGCUUCAUCCCGGCAAGCGGCCGAUUGAUGCCGUCGGCAAGAGCCCGCCAGCUCACAUGGGCCUCGCUGAGCCGCUGCCUAGCUUGUCUGUUGACGAGCAAGAGGAGGUGAGCUCGAGCGAGGAUCUGUCGCCUGUUUACCGGCAGUACCAGUGCCAGCACCAGUGCCAGCACGGAUACGUACUCGUCGUGGUCGAGCUCGCUUUUGGGAGCGAGCAAGCGCUGCUGAUGCGGCAUGCCUUGGCCAUGCCGUUGUCAACCGCGACCGCAAGCUCAAGCGAGUCGAUCGACUGGAUUCGCGACGCGCUCGACGACGGCGUGGCGUUGAUCUCGUCGUCGUCGUCCAGCAGAAGCAGUGCACAACCGCCUCCACCGCCACCGAUAGUGGCGGCGGCGAUGGCGCACGCAAACACACCCGAGAGCGGCCAGGGUGGCGAGAGCGGCGAAGCCGGCAAGGGCAAGCGGUGGUUCGGCAUUUGCUGCUGCCGCAAAAAGUAUGCACCGAGUCUGGAGGAAAUGGUGGCGGCGCUGCCGCCGGCAGUUGUCGAGGCGGCUUGGAGUGACUACCACAAGAUGGACCUCAACCACGACGGGACGCUGGACGAAGAAGAGGUGGCGGUGAUGAUGGCGCAGCGCGGGUGGAUUCUCCAUGAGCGGGAGGUCUACCGGCUGAUGGAGGCCAUCGACACUGACCACAACGGAGUUGUCGACUUUUACGAGUACCUGGCCCUCGUUGCCAUCCGGCUCCACAAGAUCAAGGAGGAGGAGAAGGCGCUGCGGCACGGGAGUGUGCCGGCCUGGGGCGGCUGGCUUCUGUUUGGCGCGUUGAUGAUCAUCUCGCUCGUGUCCUCGCUUCUGGUGAUAGUGUAUGGUCUCAAGUUCUCGCGGCCUGUGGUUCACUCGUGGCUCCGCACCUUUGCGUUCAACGUUGUGCUCGACACGAUCUUCUUUGAGCCGCUCAAGGUCUUUACUGGCGUCCUGCUGCACAUAGCGACAGUGUCUGGGGCGAUGGGGCUGGCCGAUGUGUUCUCGCUGUUUGGAUGAUAAAAAUACACAUCUGCA